CAGAGACUGAGGAUCUGGUGGGGAACAGGAUACACGGUUCCUGUCCCUGGAGUCUAGUGAGGGUGACGGACAACCCAGCAGUUAACGUCCCUGAUGAGCUCUGUGGUGGAUGGAAGCUCAGGUCGUAGUUGUACAGUGGCAGGGGCAUCUGGCUCCGUCCGUCCGGGUGGAGUCAGAGAGGGCGUCUCAAAGUAGGUAACUUAAUCUGUGUCUGAAAGAUGGGCAGGGUGUCCGGAAGGAGGAACGAUGAGACCAGAGACCCAAGCAGAGCGGUGACCCACAUGAUCAGAGACCGCACAGGUUGGAAAUGUUCAGUCUGGCUUCUGCACGAAUCACUCCUUGCUCCUGGAGAAUGCCUUCUCAGGACCACAUCUGUGGCUUUUCCACCCUCCACUCUACACUUCACCUUUGGUGCAGCUCCAAACAGGAGGAUGCCCUGAUUUUAUAAUACAGGUGGGGGCGACAAAGGAACAGGGGAGAGUUCAUAGAAAGGAGGAAGUUCUUUACGGACACACCCACCUCCCACACAGACCCCACCCCCACCCCAUCCCCCAAAUUCCUCCGGCCUCCAGAUUGGCGGCCAAUUUGCUGUAAGCAGAAACUCUGCCCUCGUGAGUAAAGGCGUCAGCACUGGGGGCUCCCGUCUUCCAGGCUGCUUAAGCCCGCUUGGUUUCUCAGGUUGAGUGCUGGCCAUGACCCCUCCCCUUCCCCCCUGGUUCUGUAUAGUUCUGUAGCCAGCUGGGCAAAGUCACACCAGCUACGGUGGGAGAGGUACUCCUGCCCCAGCCGACGUGGGGCCACAUCCCACUGCCAGACGGCACUGCCAGAUCCUUGAAAAAACUACCAGAUGGUCAUUCUGCUUCCUCAUUCCUGGACAGCAGUGUAAGCUCUGGAUUUACAGCUGGGGUCCUUCUGUGAUUUUCUAGGACUCUGACUUUGGCUGAUGGGGCCCCUCCAGAGAAAGAAGGCUGGAACUUCUGUCACUCGGUGCUUGCACCAGACUCUCACCAUGGCCAAGAGGGUGCAAGCUCGCAGGCUGGACGGGAUUGACCACAACCCAUGGGUGGAGUUUGUGAAAAUGGCCAGUGAAUGCGAUGCUGUGAACUUGGGCCAAGGCUUCCCCGACUUCCCACCCCCAGAUUUUGCUGUGGAAGCCUUUCAGCACGCCCUCAGCAGCGACUUCAUGCUGAACCAGUACACCAGGGCAUUUGGUUACCCACCCCUGACAAAGAUCCUGGCAAGUUUCUUUGGGAAGCUGCUGGGACAGGAGAUAGACCCGAUCAAGAACGUGCUGGUGACUGUGGGUGCCUAUGGGGCCCUGUUCACAGCCUUCCAGGCCCUGGUGGAAGAAGGAGACGAGGUCAUCAUCAUUGAGCCCUUUUUUGACUGUUAUGAACCCAUGACGUUGAUGGCGGGGGGUCAUCCUGUGUUUGUGACCUUGAAGCCGGGCCCCACUCGGGAUGGGGAACUGGAUUCCAGCAGCAACUGGCAGCUGGACCCCACAGAGCUGGCCAGCAAGUUUACCUCUCAUACCAAAGCCCUAAUUCUCAACACACCCAACAACCCUGUGGGAAAGGUGUUCUCCAAGGCGGAAUUGGAGCUGGUGGCCAGCCUGUGCCAGCAGCAUGACGUGAUCUGCAUCACCGACGAGGUCUACCAGUGGCUGGUCUACGACGGGUACCAGCAUGUCAGCAUCGCCAGUCUUCCCGGUAUGUGGGAACGCACCCUGACCAUUGGCAGCGCUGGCAAGACCUUUAGCGCCACUGGCUGGAAGGUGGGCUGGGUCCUGGGCCCGGACAGCCUCAUGAAACACCUGCGCACGGUGCACCAGAACUCUAUCUACCACUGUCCCACGCAGGGUCAGGCGGCAGUGGCCCAGAGCUUCGAGCACGAGCAGCUUCACUUUGGCCAACCCAGCAGCUACUUUGCGUGGUUCCCGCAGGCCAUGCAGCGCACCCGUGACCACAUGAUACGCAGCCUGCAGUCUGUGGGCUUGAAGCCCGUGGUCCCCCAGGGCAGCUACUUCUUCAUGGCGGACAUCUCAGACUUCAAGAGCAAGAUGCCCGACUUGCCCGGUGACGUGGAUGAGCCCUACGACAGACGCUUCGUCAAGUGGAUGAUCAAAACCAAGGGCUUGGUGGCCAUCCCCGUCUCCACCUUCUACAGCGUGCCUCAUCGGAAGAUCUUUGACCACUAUAUCCGCUUCUGUUUUGUGAAGGAUGAGUCCACACUCCAGGCCAUGGAUGAGAAGCUGCAGAAAUGGAAGAAGGAGCUCAGGCCCUGACACCACCUGCUCGGCCCUGCCCCACCUGGUUCCCGCGGGCUCUGCCAGGCUCUGCCUUUGUCCGGGUUUCAGCCAUUCCCAGGUUGGGCAUAUGGAGUGGGGGGGGCCCUUCUCUGGGACACAGGAUGUCCCCCGGGCAGAGCUCUCUUUCUUGAUCUUGGUGGAUUCGGGAGCACCUAUAUUGUGUGCCUAUAUUCCUGUCCUGGUGGUGAGGUGUACCUGAGCCAGGCCUCUCCCUGCUCCUCCCUGGGUGGGGUGAUACAGUCCUGGGCCCCCUCUGUAUUUUUCCCAGUCUUGUCUGAGGCUCAGUGGACAGAGUCCAACAGGGUACUGGCCUUGAGUCCCAGCCCUGCCCUGGCCCCAGCCCUGCCCUGGCCCCAGCCCUGCACUGGCCCCAGCCAAGGCUUUAGCAUCCCUCCCUUUCCUUAUUUAACCUUCACUUUGGGAAGCGGUCUCUAGGCUUGAGUCCUCAAGCUGGUACCUUUCACCCGUAAUAAAGUUUUAAGUUAUUUAGACCCUUA